ACGGAAGAGCCCUAGCCACCAAGGAGGGAGGCAGUGACCUGGGAUAAAGAACACUAGGUGGUUCUCUGGACGACGAAAGCUAGCUGCAAUCUCGUCGGAGUAACCAGGCAUAUCAUCUGAGUUGCUGGUGCUCGAGGUCUAGUAAAAUUUCGUUGAUUUAUUUGUUGGUGUGGUCAAGAAAGGCAUUACAAAACCUAGACUCCUGUCAACAGAAGCAGAAGCACUGUGGGAGAUGGAGAACAAAGACGAGAAAAAUGGUGAGCAGGAGCAGGUGGUGAACCCUUGGGAAGUAUCUGCCAAAGACGGUGGCAAGAUCGAUUACGACAAGCUCAUUGACAAAUUUGGAUGUCAGAAGCUCGACCAGUCAUCCAGUGAGUUAUCCCACGUUAAACGUGUUGAAAGACUCACUGGACGCCCUGCACAUGUUUUCCUCCGCCGUGGCGUCUUCUUUGCCCACCGAGAUUUUGAUGACAUACUGAAUGCCUAUGAGAGAGGGGAGAAGUUCUACCUUUAUACAGGACGAGGACCGUCCUCUGAAGCUUUGCAUUUGGGCCAUUUGGUUCCUUUCAUGUUUACCAAAUACUUGCAAGAUGCCUUCAAGGUCCCUCUCGUUAUACAACUUACUGAUGAUGAAAAGUGCAUGUGGAAAAAUCUUUCUGUGGAGGAGAGCCAGAGACUUGCUCGUGAGAACGCUAAAGACAUUAUUGCUUGUGGUUUUGACAUUUCAAAAACUUUUAUCUUCUCUGAUUUUGAUUAUGUUGGAGGUGCCUUCUACAAAAACAUGGUGAAGGUUGCAAAGUGUGUCACAUAUAAUAAGGUUGUCGGUAUAUUUGGAUUUACUGGUGAAGAUCAUAUUGGAAAAGUUAGCUUUCCACCUGUACAGGCAGUCCCUUCAUUUCCCACAUCAUUCCCACAUCUAUUCUCUGGAAAGGAUAAUCUGCGUUGCUUAAUUCCCUGUGCAAUUGACCAGGAUCCAUAUUUCAGAAUGACGAGAGAUGUUGCUCCUCGGAUAGGGUAUCACAAGCCUGCCUUGAUUGAGUCAUCUUUCUUCCCCGCCCUGCAGGGAGAGUCAGGAAAAAUGUCAGCUAGUGAUCCAAAUUCUGCCAUUUAUGUUACUGAUUCUGCAAAGGACAUCAAAAACAAGAUAAACAAGCAUGCAUUCACUGGUGGACAAGAAUCUAUAGAGAAACACAGAAAGUAUGGAGCCAAUCUGGAGGUAGAUAUACCAAUCAAAUAUCUUAAUUUUUUCCUUGAGGAUGAUGCUGAGCUUGAGCAUAUAAAGAAGGAGUAUGGUGCUGGACACAUGCUGACAGGUGAAGUGAAGAAGCGGCUUAUUGAAAUUUUGACUGAACUGGUGGAGAGACAUCAGCGAGCUCGAGCUUCAGUGACUGAAGAGAUGGUUGAUGCUUUCAUGGCCGUUAGACCCCUUCCAAAUAUGUUUGAUUGAAGUCAAGAUUAUCAACCUGGGUGCACAGAUACUCUAAGUUUCUGAUGCAUUAGAUGCUUCUAAUCAAUAGGAAAGAAAAGCAAAAGAAGAAAAGGUUAUGAUACGCACAUCCAUAUUGGUUUCAAGGUUUAAAGUUUAUACUGAUGAGAUUUAGCAUUUAACAAAUUGAUGAAACAUCAAGAUUUUUAUUUAUUAUUACUUCUAGAGAUGUGCAAAACAUGCAGUUUAGAGGUUUGGAUGAUACAACACAUGAAAUAUAGAUUCACUGAGAAAAUGCCAGCCUAUUUAUGGGUUGAAAUCUCUUUAGAUGCUAAGCGCUGCUGACUUUUUUCGUUUUGAACAUUUGCAAUUUGUGGGGAAGGGCGGAUUUGAGCCUUGGUGGUGCGCUUCACAACCAAAUGGGCUGUCAGUCCAGUUGCAACCUUGCUAACUUUUAGACAAACAAAAAAUGGAUAAUGUAAAAUUUUUUGGUAUAUGUCGAGUUCAUGGUUAUGGUUCUAGAAUAUGAAUGUGGUCCCCAAGUUUGCUAUAUUUUUUUGGUGGAAUCCUGAUUUUGGUACAUGGUUCAUAGUUAUGGUUCUAGAAUGGUUAAUAUAUGUAGUUUGUGACU